CUCACAAAAAUUUCGCAACAACCCGAAUUCUCCAAAUCAUUUCCUCUCCCCCCAUCCUUUCUAUAAAUAUCUCCUUCUCCACUCAGUUUUCUUCAGCCUCUCCCUAUUCUUUGCCAUGGACAAAACCUCAGUCAUUUUCCUCUUCUCUCUCCUUCUACUGUCUUUCCUCGGAAGCUCCAUUGCUUCUCCAGGGAGACUCCAAGAGAAGAAGACAGCAGAGGCUUAUGAGAUCAAGAAGGGGAAGUUCUCUGUCAAGGUCUCAAAUUGGGGUGCUACCAUCCUCUCUGUUGUCCUCCCUGACUCACACGGGAAGCUGAGUGAUAUUGUUCUUGGGUAUGAAGGAUUGGGCCCAUAUGUUAAUGAUACUACAUACUUUGGAGCAUUGGUUGGCCGAGUUGCUAAUAGAAUUGCAGGAGCACGCUUCAUCCUAAAUGGAACUUCAUACAGAUUAUAUGCCAAUGAUGGGAAGAAUUGUCUUCAUGGUGGCCAUAGAGGAUUCAGUCAUAACUUAUGGACUGUAAUUGAGCAAGCUGGUGGUGAUUCUCCACACAUCAAAUUGCAUUACCACAGCUUUGAUGGGGAGCAAGGUUUCCCUGGUGCCCUCGAUGUGUAUGUAACCUACAAGAUCACAUCAGACUACGAGCUGAGCGUGUCCAUGGAAGCGAAGCCCCUCAACAAAGCCACACCGGUUAACCUCGCUCAGCACAGCUACUGGAAUCUUGGUGGCGACGGCAGCGGCACAAUCCUGCGCCACACCGUCCAGAUCUUCGCCUCCAAGAUCACCCCAGUCAACGACGAGCUCAUCCCAACGGGCGAGUUCACCUCGGUUACGGGAACUCCCUACGACUUCCUGGAGCCCAAGCAGGUGGGCGGUCGGAUUAAGCAAGUGAGGGGGGGCUACGAUAUCAAUUACGUGUUGGAUUCUCCGGUUCAGAUGGGACUGAGGGAAGUCGCGGUGGUCAGGUGUGAAGAGUCGGGGAGGACGAUGCAGCUGUGGGCGGACAAGCCCGGGGUACAGUUUUAUACUGGGAAUUUCUUGAAGGGCGUUGAGGGGAAGAACGGGCAUGUUUAUCCCCAGCACGCAGGAUUGUGUUUGGAGACUCAAGGGUUUCCUAAUUCUGUCAACCAGCCUAAUUUCCCUUCACAGAUUGUUAAGCCUGGGGAGGUCUACAGCCAUCAAAUGCUUUAUAAGUUCUCAUUCUGAUAAGAGGAGUUGAGCGGGAGGGGGCGGAGGAUUUUGAACCGUGUGCUUUUCUAUGGAAAUUUGAACUGUCCGUAUAUUGGAGUGUUGUUGCUAUGGCUGGCCUCUAUAAAGGCGGUUCAGUUGACAUAAUCUCUAAUUUGAAUUUGUUAAAUAUGCAAUGGGUGAUAACAUUAAAGGGUUUGUCGGUUCACUAUUAAGGGAAGUAAUUGUUUGUGAA